AUGUUUCAUUAUAUUCUUGAACAUAACAUGAAAAUAACAAUACGUCAACAUUUUCGAUUUCUUGGAACAAUAAUAUCACACGCAUUUUAUAUUGAUAAUAAUCAGGUAGACUUGAUCCAUAGAGUUGUUUCAGUCGUGGCUUCACAUCAAAUCGACGGUACCCUGAAUAUACCACUUUAACGUUCACACUUCCAAAAAUUUUCCGAUAGUCAUCUGAUUGCGUUUCAUGAUCAAGAUAUUUGUCGAUUCGUUGUUGCAAGGAAGAUUUUAUGAAAUAUGCAAAUCCCA